CAAAACAGAGGAUGAGCUCCAAGCGUGUGUGGGUGGAAACCGCUUCCCAUUUCUCAUCCCCCAUGGCUGCUUCCUUCCUCUCCUUCAACCUCCCCAAGCCCACCCCCGCAAGGCCCUCCGCCGCCGCCGCAGCCGCCGCCGCGGACGGCCUCAACGACAGGUUCGGCCGGAAGGGGAUCAAGUUCUCGGAGACGGACGGCAGCGCCCCCGCGGUGGAGCUCACGGUCCGGAACGGGAGCUCCCUGAGGCUGACGAUACCGGACGCCCACGUCGCCUCGUACCGGCCCAAGGUGUUUUGGAAGGACGACGGGUUCGAGGAGGUUCUGUACACGGUGAACUCGCCGGGCAGGGUCAGGGGUGGGGUCGGGUUGGUGAUCAACGAACUGGCGGCGGAAGCAGGGUCCCCGUCCAAAGGGUCGCCGGCCAAAGGGUCGCCCGUCGCCGCUUCGGAGUGGACCGUGAAGGAUGCGGACUCGGACUCCAUCGAUGCAGUCCAGGUUGAGUUGAGCUGCACGUCAGGAACGCUUGAAAUCACUUACGUUGUCUCCUUGUAUCCGCUGAGCAUGGCAACUGCGGUGAUCGUGAAGAACAAGGGUCGAAGGGAAGUGAAGCUGAACAGCGCUAUACUUAGUCACCUCAGAUUCAAGAGACGCGGAGGGACAGCGAUUCAGGGGCUCUGUGGAUGCUCCUACUGCAUGCACCCUCCUCUCUCUUCUCCCUUCGAGCUCCUUUCUCCUGCUGAGGCAAUGAAAACCGAGUCCUCUGGAUGGUUCUCCUCGGAGCCUCAAGAAAAGCCCGGGUCAUGGACCGUGCAAGACGUGCCAAUCACCAUUCUAAAGGACAAGCUUAGUAGGGUAUAUGCAGCUCCGCCGACGGAGAGACUAAAGGCUUUCUACAACACCUCACCCUCAAAAUAUGAAACAGUGGACCAGGGACGCGAGCUGUUCUUCAGGAUGAUCAGGAUGGGCUUCGAAGACAUAUAUGUGGCCAGUCCAGGCUCUUUCUCAGAGAAGUUCGGGAAGGACUACUUCAUCUGCACCGGACCCGCCUCGAUGCUGGUACCCGUGGUCGUGAAACCAGGCGAAGAUUGGAGAGGAGCGCAAGUUAUCGAGCACGACAACUUGUAACCGUAGAACUGCACCUUAUCAACACGGCCAUCAUUCAUUUUGUAUUCAGUCUAUAGCUAUAGGAUCUUAUCCAUAGUACACAAUUGUAAAAGGACCAUCCCUUCAAUUUUGUAGCAACAUUUACUUCCAACA